AUGACUGAGAAUGGAGAAGUGUUCGAAGAAUUUCUUGUUUCUAUUAUCAGACAAGCGGUCGGUUCUCCGGCGUCUGUCUCGGGGGAGCGCUCAUUCGUCAAAUUAAGACAAGUCAGCAAAGCAAGGCAUCAUGGCAGGCGUGCCGCCGCCCGUGAAGUCCGCCAAAGCGGGAGCCUCGAGAAGGUGUGCGCGGACCUGGUGCGCGGAGCCAAGGAGAAGCGUCUCAAGGUGAAGGGCCCCGUGCGCAUGCCCACCAAGGUGCUCCGCCAUACCACGCGCAAGUCCCCUUGCGGCAACGGUACGAACACGUGGGACACGUUUGAGCUGCGCGUGCACAAGCGCGUGAUCGACCUGGUGAGCCCAUCGGAGGUGGUGAAGCAGAUCACGUCCAUCAGCAUCGAGCCGGGGGUCGAAGUCGAGUCCCCUUCCAGGCCGCAACGCCUCCAGCAGGGAGGUGCGGAAGUUCCUGACAACUUCAAGAGCAUAUACGGGCAUGGGGCGAGCGGACUGUGA